AUGCUCGUGAAGAAUAUUCUUGCUACCUUUGCCAUCGCUGGUCUUGCUAUGGCUGCCCCGACCGAGGAUUUUGAUGCUGAUGCAGGAGCUCCGGAUGUUGAAGCAAGAGAUUCAGUAUGCCCAGGAACUCCUCCAGACCGUUCAUGGUGCUGCAAGAGUUCUGUCCCUUUCAAUAUAUUUUUCAUAGAGGGUGCUGGAAACGGCUGCAAACGUCCUACCUACCAAGGAUGCCCGUAUGGUACCUACGCUCUCUGCUGCCGUCACAAGCAGAUCGCCAGUGGUGGCAACAUCGUUUGCGUCAAGUAA